AUGAAACAAAAAAACAAUGGAAUGGAAGCAAAGCUAUUCUCAGAAUAGAGUGAAUCGAAUUUGCUAAGCUCCAAAAUUAAAAGUAGCAGAUCAAUAUUUCCGAAAUCCUCUCCAUUCUAUGCCGACUAAUAUCUUCUCCCUACCCAUAAUAAAAAGCAGAUGAAAGAAGAAAAAAAGAAUGAUUACAUUCGGAAGUUUGUGGACAAUAUGUUGGAUCAAGUACAAAAGGUUAAAAAAGUGAAGGACUUUCAUUUAUCUUUAAUUGGUGAUUUAGGGUCAUCAGAUGAAUUUUUUUUUAAAAGAAAGGUCUCCACAUUUUCACACCUUAAUCAAAAACAACUAAGAAUUUUAUAAAAUCUACAGGGAGUAUUAUAGAGUAAGCUGAACAAAAUACCCUUAAUCCAUCCUGGCUAAUUUAUUAAAGUAAUAUGGGAUAUUGUGGCAGUGGUUGCCAGGCUAUACUUUUUAUACAUAAUCCCAAUAGAUUUGGCCUGGGUUAAUCAAUAAUUUAUAUUCCAGGAUUUCAAAUACAUUUCGAUAUUGUUUCUACUCAUUUUAAUUUUUGAUAUGUUACUCAGUUUAAAUACAGUUUAUUUCUUAAAUGGAGAAGCAGUUACAUCAAGAAGUAAGAUAGUAAAACACAGCUUAUAUAAUACAUAUGGUUUAUAGUGGUUAUCGGUAUUUUAGUUGCUAGUCUAUUUCAUAAUCGACAGAUAUGGAGAGAUCUCGCUUGACAUUAAUAACAAUGUAUUAAAUAUAGGUUUGUUAAUAUUUUUGGUUCAUCACAAAACUAUCAUCAAUUAUGCAACGAAUUACGAAGAGGGACUGAACAUUUCAAAAAAAACAUCCUCUGUUUUUGCUUUAUUUAAGUUGAUAGCCUUUUUAUUUUAUGUGAUUCAUCUGUUUUCUUGCUUUUGGUAUUGGAUUGGAAGAUAUAGUAUAGAAAAUUAUGAAGGAAAGAGUUGGCUUAUUACAACUAAUAUGACUGAAUAACAAUGGAAUACUCAAUAUCUUUAGUCCUUUUAUUAUACAGCUGUUACUAUAUUCACAGUUGGUUAUGGAGAUGUAACUCCAUAGUCUAACAUAGAAAAGAUUGUAACUAUUAUUCUGAUAAUGAUUUCAAGUAUUUAGCUUCCAUUUAGUGUAAAUACAGUAGGAAAUAUCAUUACAGAGAUGUCAGCAUUCUCGGAAGAAAGAAAGAGGAAACUUAGGAUAAUCAAUUCCUAUAUGAAUAAGAGUUUUAUGUCUUCUGGUUUGCAAAUGCAAAUUAGACAGUACUUAACAUAUUAUUGGGAAAACCAAGUCAUAUCUCAAUCUGAGGAAGAAAAAGAGAUCAUUGAUUCUCUAUCCGAAUUUCUGAGACAAUAAUUAAUUAACGAGGCUCAUCAGAAAAUAUUUGAUCAAUGCACAUUAUUUAAAAUACCUUUUACCCAACUGUUCAAAAGGCAAUUAAUUAAGGAAGUAGAGGAGGUACUUCUGACGCCUGAAUAAGAUUUGAAAUCUGCUAAUGAUAUAUUACUAUAUUAUAUAGAGGACGGCUCAAUUUAAAUUUCCCUUUAAUAAGGUAGAAAAAUAAAUUUAGGGAUUGUUAAUAAAGGAGCAUCUAUUGGUAUUAAGAACUUUAUAAUGGGAACUGAGUCUUAGGAGACCUAUAAAAGCGUCGGGUUUACAAAGGCCAUGAUUUUAAAGAGGAAAAACUUUCUCAAAAUACUAUAAGAUCAUCCUGAUGAUCAAGAAUUAUUUUUUGCUAUACGAGAUAAAAUGAUUUUAUAUUAAGAUGACCAAUAUUUUACUGUUUCUUGCUUUUCAUGUGGGAAAGACUCUCAUAAAUUAAUUGAAUGUCCAUUAAUCAAAUUUGUACCCGACAAAGAAUUUAUCAUUAAGAAACAUAUGUAUCCCUAAUAAUAACCCAGGAAACCACACGACAGAACAAAAAAAAAGAAUACAACAUUAAUUUAAGAUAAGAAGCGGCUUGAAUAAUCUGCUCUAUUAAUUUAAAAAGAGGAACCUGCACUAUUUCAACUAUAUAAAUUUGAUCAUUUGUUUAAUAUAGAUGAAGAACAGCAAUAAAAACGGAAUGUUAAGGCAAUGACAUAAUUUUAGUAAAUCAAUAAUAAAGCUCCUUAAAAUGAAAGCGAAAAAUUCUUCUCAAUCUUUAUCAAUAAUAAUUCAAAAUCAAUUAAAAAGAAAUUUCAAUAUCUUGUUAACAAAUUGAUAUAGAUUAAUAAAAUUUAUCCUUAUUUUUUAAUUUAAACUCAUCUACUCUACGAAAAAUAAAACGAAUAAAGAUAAAUUAGCAUGAUUUUGUAAAUUUUGGAAUAAAGAUGCAAAAAUAUAAGUUAAAUUAAUAAUAAGCAAUUUGAUAAAUAUCUUAGUGAUAUGUCUUUAAUUAUACAAAAAUUAUCAAUUAAAUAGUAUAUUGAUGACUAAGAUUUUGAAAGCCCUUAAGCUUAUAAAUUCUAUUUCAGAAAAGAUAAUUUUUCAGGCCUCAAAUAUAGAAAUAUUCUAUUUAAUCUAAACGUUUUAAAAAGGUUUAUCAAAUAUGUUUAAUAUCCAGGGGAUCUAAUUAAGUAAUUUAAUCUUACCUCAGUUGGAUUUUAUUAAUUAAUAAAUAGGAGAAAACCGGGAAUAUGUGCUUCAGCUGACUAACUUUGGAAAUGA